CCCCCUCCUCCUCUUCCGCCUCUCGCACAUCCCAAUACACUCUUUCUGUACGCUUUCCUCUGUUCCCCCUCCUUUUCCCUUGCUUUUGUAUGAAGCUCAGCGACGAUCGAGAAAGGAGGAGGUCUCCGUAUGACGCGAUGGCGCGGUAGGUCGACGAUCGGUUCCCCAUAUCCUUCUACUUCAGCAUCGUGAUCAAGUUUCUGAGACAGAACUAGGCUGAGGUUCAUAGGAAGGAAGGGAAAUUGGAUUGACUUCACCUUGCCCUCAGCCGUUACGUCAGCAUUUUGCUUUUAGAAGGACGCAUUGCUAAGUGAAAAUUGUAUCUUUUAAAGUGAUGAAGUUUACUGGAUUGGCAGACUGGUGUCAGAGGUGAUUCCUCAACGUCAAAGUUACUUGAAGCAAUCAUCAAAGGAAGAACUUCAUCUUAGGAAGGUCCCCCAAGACUCGAUUAAAGAGAUUGAGAAAUUGAAGCCAUUACCCAGUAUGAAUAAUGAUGCGAGUGGUGAGCAGCUUGGGAGGAGAUUUAAGCAUAACAUAGAUGGUUUGAGAUCACCAUCUCAAAGGUGGACCAAGAAGAUUUUAAGCUUCUCUAGCUUCAAGGAGAGGAAGGUUGAGCGUUGCUGUUCAAGAAGAACAGGUCAAAGUUGUGGAACAGAUAAUAUCAAUUUGGCGACAGAAAUUGCACUACAUGCCAGCAACAGACCUUCGCAAAUCGUGUUUCCAUUAUCCGGUGACAAAGCUAGAGACUGUAACAACGAUGUUCAUGUUGUCAAGCACUACUUUCCUUCUCCUGUUGUUUCUUGGGUGGAGGAUGCAUCCUUUUCUGGACAGGUUUCUCAUGUUGUUGUUCCUGAAUCAAACAAUGGAUUGGAACCUUCAUAUGGAGACUCUUCUACAUCAAAUCCCAAUCAAGAUGUUCAUAUAUCAGUGAAGCUGAAGGAAGAAUUUCUAGAUCUUGCUAAAGAGAACACGAACAAGGACUUGGAGACUUGUGGCAUUCUUGGUGCUUUCCUUAAGAAUCACAUUUUCUACAUAACCACCCUAAUAAUACCAAAGCAGGAAUCAACUUCCAAUUCAUGCCAAGCAAUAAAUGAGGAGGAGAUUCAUGCCAUACUGGAUGAGAUGUCCCUUUAUCCUGCAGGAUGGAUUCAUACACAUCCGUCUCAAAGUUGCUUCCUGUCGUCAAUCGAUUUGCACACUCAGUACUCUUACCAGGUCAUGCUACCAGAGGCAAUUGCAAUCGUCAUGGCUCCAACCGAUCCUAAAAGCACAUGUGGAAUAUUUCGGUUAACAAAUCCCGGAGGCAUUAAUGUUCUGAAAGAGUGCAAAGAGAGUGGCUUCCACCCUCACCCUUCUGCUUCUGAUGGAAGUCCAAUCUACGAGAGCUGCUCCAACAUUUAUGAGAAUCCAAAUCUAAGGUUUGAGAUCAUCGAUCUCCGGUCUUCUUCAUGACCGAUAUCAUCUGCAGCUGCUGUGAGGGUUUUGAAUGUGUUUAUUGUACAUACAUAUAAGCCAGUCUGGAUUUUGUAUUUGGAUUGCACGUUUAUUAUUUUACUAGCAAAUAAACAAGUCUGUCUGUUUUUAGGUCUGUAAAUGUAAAUGUCUGAAUAAUAUAUUGUGACAAGAGAAUUAUAAUGAUACAUUGAAUUAGAUGAAUCUACUUUCA